AUGGGGCGCGGACCGGCGCAGCCACCAGCCCUAGGCUCUGGCUACCGCGCUCCCCACACGCCCCCGCCGCAGCCCCACGACGGAUACCUCGCGACACCCCCCCACGACCCGGAGCGGCAGGCACCGCGCCCUACCUGCCGCACCGUGCUCCGGCCGGCGGGCCCGAUCCCGGCUGUGGCUCCGACCUCCGCGGCGCAAUCCCUGGAGCAGGUGGCGCGCCUCGGGGAGCAGCUGCGGCGGCGCGAGGGCGGCGUCCAGGAGGCGCGGCUGCGCCAGGAAGUGGAGAGACUCACCCAGCACCUGGAGGACAGAGAGCGGGAGCUGCAGCAGCGGGCUGAGAGCCGGCCCUGGCACGAGCGGGACAAGGAGGUGGCCCUGCUGCGGAGGAGCGUGGCUGAGAAGGAGCGGGCCUGGGCUGCCAGCAGCGUGCUGUGUCGCUCGCUGGCCGGCGAGACCCAGCAGCUGCGCAGGACACUGGCCGCCACGGCCCACAUGUGCCAGCACCUGGCCAAGCGUCUAGAGGAGCGGCAGUGCAUGCAGGGGCCAGGGAGGGACAGAGGCCCAGAGGAGCCAGAGUGGACAGCCGGGGACACCACUGUUCAGGCUGUCAUUGAGAAGUUACAGGAAGAAAACCGACAGCUGAAGCAGAAAGUGGCCCACGUGCAAGACCUCAACGCCAAGUGGCAACGCUAUGACGCCAGCCGGGAUGAGUACGUGCGGGGGCUCCAGGCACGGCUGCGGGGGCUGCGGGAGCCCCAGGAGCCAGAGCUGAUGAGGAAGGAGAUCUCCCGCCUCAACCAGCAGCUGGAGGCCAGGAUGCGCGACUGCGGGGAGGUGGAGCGGGAGCUGGCAGCCACGAGGACAGCCCGGGACGCUGCCCUGGAGCGAGUGCAGGUGUUGGAGCAGCAGAUCCUCGCUUACAAGGACGACUUCACAUCAGAAAGGGCAGAUCGGGAGCGGGCCCAAGGCAGAAUUCAGCAGCUGGAGGAGAGGGUGGCCACACUCCUACAGGCGGCCCAGGGCCAGGAUCCCGGAGAGCAGGGCGCCAGCCAGAUGCAGGCUGGGAGUGAGCCGGCUGCGUCCUUAGAGACUGAUGUGUCUGGUGGCUGGGGGCCAGAAGCCUCCAGGGAGGUUGCACAUCCCAGCACGGCCCCGAGAGGACAGGGCGACCUCCAGUGCCCUUACUGCCUGCGCUGCUUCAGUGACGAGCAAGGCGAGGAGCUCCUGGGGCACGUGGCCGAGUGCUGCCAGUGAGUGCAGCUGCCUGGGCUGCCCCAGCGGGGCCUGGGUGGGCCCUGUGGAGAUGGGAGCUGCAGGUGGGCCCGCCACUCCCUCUGUCCCAAGCUGCAGACAGACAGGGCUGGAGGGAGCAGCGGGAAGGCCUUGGCGGCAUUGUCCAGUGUGUGGCGGUCUGGUGUGUGUGUGUGAAGGCCCCUGUGCUGCCAGGUGGAAGCCACACGCUGCCCCACGUGGGAGGACUUAGAGGCCACAGCGGCAGAAAGAGUAACCGUGGAGCCGUGGUCUGCUCUGCCAAGUUCCCUCUGGGCCCCCACCGGCACUGUGCCAUGUCACAGGGGGCUCAGCUGUGUGCUGUGUCACGUUGAGCACUUGCACGGCAGCCACCUGUCGCACAUCCAGAGGUGAAAUGCUCAUUUUACAGCCCCUUAUUUUUACCAUAAACAUCCUGACUGCUGGGACCCCGGGCUGGCCUCACCCUGGUGUACCCCGAGAGGGCUGGAGGGUUGCAGGGACGAGCAGCCCCAGAGGCAGGUGGAUACCCAGGCCCAGUGUGACUCUGAGGGUGGGCUGAGGAGUGACCCUGUGUGUUAGAGGAAGCUGAGGCCAUCUGAGCACCGGAAGUGGAGGAUAGGGACAUUGCAGAGACAGAGGCGCCCCAGGAAGAGAAAUCCUGGCAGAUCUUGACGUGUGCGCACCGCGAGGCACCUGGUGGAGCAGCUGGGGCACGAGCUGGGAGAUUUCUGGCUAUGCUGUAGGGAACCAGGUUGGAAUCUGAGUCUGACCCCUGGGGUCAGGCACAGGGAAACACCCCAGGCUUCCACCUCAGCGCUGGCAAGGCCAUAGCCAGGGCAAACGCGGAGCAGCCUGCCCUGCAGGGCCACCUGUGUCCGGGCAGCCAGGCACAGCCUCCUUUUCUCUGCGGUCUUCCUUUCUCCCCUCACUGUGCAGUUUAGGCUGGCUCAGAGUCACUCCUGCCAGCCUCCCAGGUGCUGGGACUACAGACCGGUGGGACUUCCAUGCUUAGAACAAAACCCAGCACUUCACAGAAAGGCAAGAGAGCAGGCACCUCAAGCCCAUGUCAGUCCAGCCUCAGUACUUACCAGAGUGGAGUCUGAGACGAUGCAUUUCUGGAAAUAAAGGGAUAUUAAAAGUGAA